AUGAAUACGGCGGAGGACUUGGAAGAGGCGCCGAUCUCCUUCAUGGUGUCGAAGUACUGGGUGACCAAGACCAUGUCCAUCACGUCCUUGGCCGUCGUCCCCGGCACGUUGACAGAGAAUCCGAGGACGCUGUCUCUGAGCCCGUCGACGAUCGCCUGGCGCUGGCGAGCGAUUCCAAGUCCGGCCAGGUACUUGGACUCGGCCUCCCCCUCCGCCCGUUUAAUCUGCAGGAUCUUCUCCGCCUCUGCCUUCUCGCUUGCAGCCAUCCUGAGCCUAAGAGCUGAGCGAGGAAGAAGGGGGGGGGGGGGGGUUGUAAUAAUCGCAUAAUAUUUUCAAAAAAUUGAUGAUAUUUUCCUACAGAAAAAAAUCCUACGAAAGAAUGAUGCCCCAAAGCUAAAUGAUCUCAAAAGACAAAAAAGACCGAGCAAAUACGUUGAGAAUUAGAUGUGGAAAUAGAAAAUAAGGAAAAUAAAAGUUAAUGAUAUUUAAAAAAGAACUUCUGAGCAAUAAUGUUAAAGAUAUCCCGAUAAGAUUUUAUUAAAAUUAAAGGGCAAAAUGAGAUAAAUUCAACACCGGAUGGGGAGGAGCACACUACCAGCAUUGAUUUCGUUCAUGGCUCGCUUCACGUGCUCAUCUGGCUCUAUAUCGACGAUGAGCGUCUGCACAAUCUCAAACCCGUAGUUCGACAUGGCCUUCUCCAGUUCAUCCUCCACGGCCCUGGCAAUGUCGUUCUUCUGCUCGAAUGCGUCGUCCAGAUUAAGCUUCGGAACGCUUGCCCUGAUAACUGGCAGGAGAAGAAAACGGACAAGUUUUUUUCUCGCCCAUCACCCACACGGAAAUGUAGUCAUGUCUACCUGGUAAUCAACUGUUGAAGGAUCUACUCAAAGAGCACUCACCGUCAAAAACAUAA